AUGAAGCUGCCCCUGCUAGCCCUGUUUGUAUCUGCGGCCGCGGCACUUCCGCAGGCUGCUUACAAGGCUGAGUAUGCCUCUUCCCAACCCACAGUCAAGAUCCACCAGGGAACAGUUCAAGGCGUUGUGGAUCAGGGCUACAGGCUCGAACAAUUCUUUGGCAUUCCCUUCGCCAAGCCACCUGUAGGUGAGCUUCGCUUUGCCAGGCCAAAGCACCUCGACUCUUCCUCAUCGGACAGGCUCAUCGAUGCGACGCGCUUCGGUAACAUCUGCGUUCAGACUGCUCAGCCCUCGCCUCUGUACAAUAUGAGCGAAGACUGCCUCAACCUCAACAUCGUCCGACCCAAGGGCACUACGGAGAACGACAAGCUGCCCGUGCUCACCUGGAUCUACGGUGGCGCCUUCAUGCAAGGAAGUAUUCCCAACUACAACGCCAGCGAGCUGGUCCAAAAGAGCGUCGAGAUCGGCAAGCCCAUCGUCUUUGUCGCGAUGAACUACCGCGUUGGUCCAUUUGGCUUCAUCGGAGGAUCCGAAAUUGCUGACAGUGACUCAGCCACCACCAACGCAGGGCUUUACGAUCAGAGACUAGCGAUCAAGUGGAUUCGAAAGAAUAUUCACAAGUUCGGAGGCGACCCGAACAAAGUCACGCUCUUCGGCGAGAGUGCAGGAGCCAUGAGCAUUGCCCUGCAGAACUUUGCCUACGAUGGAGACAACGACGGCCUCUGGCAUGCUGCCAUCAUGGACUCCGGUGGCAUCGCCCCUGGUCCUCUGCUCACACCCAAACACCCUGCAGUCGAACAGAGCUUCAAGAGUCUGGCUGCAGGUGUCGGCUGCACUAGCGGCUCGCUGCUCGAGUGUCUUCGCAAAGCCAACGCGACCGACAUUCAGACUGCAGCAGCUGCACUGAGCGCCACAGCUGGUGGCAAGUUCCCCAUCGCAGGAGCUCUCGCGUGGCUUCCCUUGGUCGACUACGAACUCAUCACCGACUAUCCUAGCGUCAACCUUCCGCAGGGUAAGCUCGCCGACAUUCCCGUUAUUCAGGGUAACAAUCUCGACGAAGGAACCUUGUUCGCCCAGAAACAGCUCAACAGCAGCGCCGAUUUUGAGUCCUGGGUUCGAUCGGCUGCGGUCAUCUACAACACUUCCUACACCGAACAGGCUCUUCAGCAAGUCUACAAGCUGUACCCGGACAUUCCGGAGCAAGGAUCGCCGUACUACAACGCCGAAACCGCUACCUCGGCGGGCACGAUGACCAACCUGACUUCGCGCAAGUACCCACCUUUGGAGAGCAACCAGUACAAGCGCUCCGCGGCGUUCUUCGGCGACUUUACCUUCCAGGCGCACCGACGAACCUACCUCAAGGCAGCCACGUUGGACUGGAAGACGAACAAGAACAAGGUGUGGUCGUACGAGUUCCAGCAGAACGACAAGUUUGCCAACAACGGGACCGGCUCGCCGCUGGGUGCAUACCACGGCUCCGAGCUCAAGUACUUUUUCGUGCGUCCGGACGGGAGGCAGAAGGAUCCCGUGUUGGCCGACAAGAUGCCGGAGGCGUACAUUAGCUUUACGUACUAUCACGACCCGACCGUGCUGAGCGGGUUCGAGUGGCCGUGCUACGCCGAUGGGCACAAGUUGUUGCAGUUGAAGGGCGACAACACCACCAUGAUCCCGGACACGUAUAGGAAGGAGGCCAUGCACGCGUUGACCAACCGAAAGGCUGCGCAGGUGUUUGGCUUCUGA